GCUACUGCGCAUGCGUGGAAGAAAACUCCAUGUUUUUUUUUUUGGCACGGGAUCCUAAGGAAAAAUAGGAACUUGGAAACGAAGAUAAACUAAAAGCACCACCACACAGCCACAAUCCACCCCUCGCUCGCAUAUGCACACAGUAAAGACGCGUAGGAGAGUUCUGAACCUUUGAAUGAAGCGAUCGCACGCUCCGCGGCCGAGCAGGAUUCACGCGAAAUUGGACGACAAUGCACGGGGCGCAAUAAAACCAAGCGUUAUUGCUCUUUGUUUUUAAGCAGGACGGCUCGGAUGGAUGAAGACGCGGGGAAGUGCCUAAAAAUCACACGGCGUUCGUAACAGCUCAAGCAACGGCGACAUUUGCAACUCGAGUCCAUCGAGACGCUUGUUCUGUCUUUCGCCUGUGUUGUGCAGCGCGCCGAAGAAGCAGGAAACUUCGUAAACAGAGAGGUUGUCAGCUUGUGGAGGGUUCCAUAAGAGCAUCCCAGUCCGUUUAAGAGGACCUCAGAGGAUUGUGUCCAGACGGAUUUGUUGUUCUGUUGCGUUGUGCUUCGUUAAUGCUGCGUAUAUGUCCUCCAAAGGGUGUAUUUCACGAAUGGUGCUGACCAAGGCUGUAUAAAAAUGAAAAGGAGCUGGAUGUGUGUGAGCAGAAAAUGACGGGGGGCAGUGAGAGUGCAGCAGGUGAAAAAGAUGGAGGUACGGCGCUCAUCGCUCAGAUCCCGGUUGGCUGGCAGAGGAAAGUGGGAGAUGGGCUUGUGUCUUACAUCAGCCCGAGUGGUACAGUCCUUCGAUCUGUGGAUGAGGUGAGGGUGUAUCUGCGGACAGACGGCACAUGUAAGUGUGGUCUCGAGUGCCCGCUUGUCCCAAAUAAGGUCUUUAAUUUUGACCCUGCUGCGAUGGUCCAAGCUCCUGGUCAUCAUUCGAGUAGAGUAGAGGAAGACAUGACCAAACUCUGUAACCAUCGCAGGAAAGUUGAUGCCAUGGCAGCAUUAUGCCAAAGCAGGCAACCCUCCCAACCCCCCCCGCCGGCUCAAGCCACAGGAGGUGUUGCAUGUUCAGUGGACGGCAGAGAGCUGAGAGGAUCGAUUGUGGCUCAUGGAGACGGCGCCCAUUGCACUUACCCUCCUCCAAGACACAACCAGCCCAAAUCCAACAUUGGCUUUCCUCUGUCCUCUUCUCGCUCUGUUCUGCAGCAAAACGGUUCCCCUAUCUCACGACCUCCAGAACAGGGUUCCCCUUUAAAGAAGCCCCAAACGCCAUUGGCAUAUACGAAACAGCAGUGGAGCCCUCAUCCAUCGAUCUCCCAAAACAUCCCUCAAAGGACAGUGCAUAACCCUGCUUCUCCAAGCAAUGUAAAACCAAGUGUGCACACGCAUGCGCAUCCUCCAGACCCUUCAAACUCCUUUUCCUUAUCGCCCUCCUCAUCCGUAGCUCUCAGUGGUCGAGCACAUUCACAGGGAGUGAGCGUUAAGUCGCCGUCGUCUCUAUCACCCUCACGUUCCCUAGACACCUUCUCACCCCACCAACGCUCUCGCCACUCCUCGACGUCUUCGCUCUCAGAUCACGGGACCCCGGGGUGUGUCUUCAAACCGUUGAAAGCCACCAUGCCAUGCUCCUCUCCCAAGCUCCCUCUUGCGCCUUCCAGUCCGUGUAGUCGCUUGGAGGGAAUUCUUCAGCACUACAAAGACUGUAGCACCUCCAAUGCUAACCAAAGCAACCAUCUGUCGUUGGUGCAUCCCAAUGUAGGCGACAAGAGGAACGGAUUGAGUUCUACUCAAGGACAAGAAUUGCUUGGCGUUCCUUUAGGACAGAUUCUCAACCAACAGAAGAUCCAGCAAAAGAGCCACAUCAAUAACUCCUUCCCGGCUAGCAGCCUUCUUUCCGCCGCCGCUAAAGCUCAGGUGGCCAACCAGAAAACCCCAAGCCAGCUCAAUGCAUCCGAUGCGCUCGCCACACUCCCUCUUACUAGCCUGGACAAGGAGCAACACUCAAAGGUAUUGAUUAGCACUUUAAACAGUAGCGUCCACCCAACAUCCGCCAGAACGCAGUCCCUCACCGCUUUGUUGCUCCCGCAUUCCCCUUCCCUUUCCCCGGCUUCGCCCGCUGAGAAAAACCUGCGGCGCAAACGGCAAAGGCAUUCGCCCACCGUUUUAAGCAUGCGUAAAGACUCACACUUGGGUCGGAGUCCGGAUCUAUCCGGGCCUCCGAUGCUCAUCUCCCCAUGCCUUUCCCCAACUUCUCCUCCCGUACCUCACUCAGACAACCACCGGGUAUCCGUCGCUCCUCCGAAUGCCUCCUUCUCGAACAGUUCUCUUAGGUUGCAGGAUUCGGAGGAAGGAAGGAAACCCGGUAAUUCAAUCCCACUUUCCUCUCCAUCUCCAUCCCAGCCGCUUUCCGCUCUACUUCAGCUUCUUAGCAUGCAAAGCGCAACCCAGCAAUCCAGUGGGGCAAUUGCCAUUCCUGGACACCGGCACACAAACACAUUGCCCUCUUCACCCAGACCCAUCACGCCACAGACGCCCCAUUGCGAAGGACAGUCCACAUUACGAGUACCCAACCCGCAACCUCAACCCCAAAGCACAGUGCCCAUUCCCGAAACUCCUUCCCAGCCGCCCCAAUCCCAACCCUUUACUUUAAUGGGUGACGAAACAACCUUGAACCUCAAAACCACCUCCAGCAACACCUUCCUGAACUUGAGCCAGCCCCACACGGGCACGACGCCGGACCUCAACAGUUCGAUUCUGAGCAUGAUGAACCAGAUGUCCUCGACCUCCUGCUUCCCGGAGAAAAGUUAUGAGUCCAAAUCGACAGAGACUUGCCCUGACCACAAUACCUACCAAAUUAGCCAGUCUAAUCACAACCAAGCUGUGGAAAGUAAAGGUCCCGUAGAGACGAUGGAUCACCCGGACUCGGACACAAGAUUGCUGGGUGGUUGUGAUCCCGACCACAGCCUCUCUCUAUCCGGCUCCUCGUCUUCCGAGCUUCCCAACCCCGGUGUUUCCCUGCCGCUAGCGGAGGCUUUUCCUUUCAUGACCCAAGAACAGCUCCUCCAGCUUCUCUCCUCCAAUGCCGGUCUACCUUCCCUUCUUCCACCCUUCCUCGGAUCCCUACCUUUAGGACUCUGGACGGGCGGCACCCAAUCCCAGCAUCCCCAGCCAACCAGUGCCAUCCUAAACCAGGGCGCUCAUCUCAACGUCAUAAACCAGGGCGAUCUUCCUCUCAACCUCAUGAGCCUUUUAAACCCACCGGGUUCGGCUCCAGCUUCUCCCACUGUUGCAGGGAUUGAAGGUGGUGAAAAACCCCCAGGGCUUCAAGCCCUCCUCAUGGCUUCUUUGCUUCUCGGGCAGAAUCCGGCCGCCAUGUUGCCCUUGCCCGCGCUCAACCUCGAGCUUCCCACGCCUCAACAACAGGUCUUUCCGGAUGGAGUAUCUCUGGAGAAAACACCUACUCUUCUGGACUCUGUUUUGAUGGGGCCGGGGCUCCUGGAGGCUCUUCAAACUCUUCAAGCAGACGGCCAGUCGCUUCUUCUUUCCGCACCUCUCACUCCUCCCGCCUUCUUGUCCCUCAAUCCCGCUCUUCUGGCCGCGGCUCUCGCCCAGACCGAACCCCUUCCCAACCACACGCCAUCCCCCCCGCCUCAUUCUCAGGAGACUCUGUCCAGCUCUGCUCUAGUUUCUACCUCGGUGUCCUGCGGCCCAGAAGUGUGUGACCCGCUGGACGAGCAGGACAAGAACAACACCCAGACACCUCAUUUUCUGCCGCAUCUCCUCGCCCCUGGGGUUCUGGGCGACCUCACAGCUCUGGGAAACAUCAACAGUCUUCAUAGUUUACUGGGAGCAGGACCUCUGUUGCUUCCACAGGGCCCGUCUCUGAACCAAACGCCCCUCAACCCGCUCACCUGCCUACAGCUGACGAUGACCCCGGCGCUCAUGGGAGAGAAGCCAGUGAGUCUCCACCACACGCCGCCUCCGUCACAAGACGAGCUUCCAGCGGCUCAGAUAUCCCAGAAUGCCUUGCUCCACACCCCCGGUCAGCAGAGAGAGGGUUCUGGUUCUGGGCUGUUCGACCCGUACGGUUCCUUCAUGGACACCAUCUACACCUCGUUCCUGCAGGUCAGCGAGCGCGACUCGGACCCCACGGCGCUGUCGUACCCGGAGCUGCCGCUGGCCCUCAGUCCCCGCCGGGCCUGUUCGGUCCACAACCCGGAUCUGACCCGCCUCGGCAUGGACUCGGCCCAGUCUCCGGCCCGCGGCACGCCGAAGCUCAGCGAGGAGCCCUCCACGGCGCCGCCCUGCAGGCCGUCGGGGGCCGACGCUCUGUCCGACAUCAUGGAGGAGGCCAAGACCGACGGGUCCACGGUGUGUUACAGCAACGGGAUCGGGUCGGGAACGGACGGAAGAGGAGACCGGGACGAGGAGGAGGAGGCAGACGAGGAUGAUGAGGAGGGACGAAGAACGCAGGGCUGUUUGAGUCCGCCCGUCGAUGACAUCAGCAGCAGAGAGGCGGAGCAAGUGAGGACUGAAGACUUGCACACAGGAGCCAGAAGGGGGCGCAAGAGGAAGCAGACACUGCAGAGGAGUCCAGACCUGCCGGGCGGCAUCGACAGCAUCAUCGAGGAGCCCGCCGCCACGAUCCCGUCGUCGAGGCCGGCCCGCUCCACCAGAGGGAAGAGACGCCGCGUGGUCCGAUAGAUCCGACUGUACGGUACCGCCAACACCAGCACUGUUGCCACGGCAACGCCAUCACAGCGUUCGACUGAGCCGCACUGUGAAGAAGAGUCUCCCGUGAUCUCGCUCCUCCGUCACGUGUGUGUGUGUGUGUGUGUGUGUGUGUGUGUGUGUUCGUCCAACGACUUCUGUUACCAUUCUCGACCAUUGUUACAUGAACACGUUCUUUUACCAUGAGAGGGGUUUUACUAAUGAGAACUAUUGUUAAAUUGUCGCACGAAUGCAUCAGUUUAGGAAUAGCUGUUUGUUUACCAGUUCUUUAUAAUUAUUAUUUUUCAAAAUGUGCUUCUUUUUGAUGAUUGUGAUUGACAGCUCUGCCUGAACAUUCACUCCCAUCAGUCUUUAGAUGCACACGAGUCCAUGUUAUCGUCGUUGUCGUCAUCAACAAAUUUGUUGAAUUUGACAGCUUGUGUUCCAGAGCCGGAAAACCCUGUCUCUGGGAAUCUUUCCAAUCGACGGAUCAUUGCAACACAAAUGUCAUUUUACCCAUCAUGCACCUCAUGAACCGUUUUUAGCAUCAAAUGCAUUCAGCAGUUUUGUCACACCGCAAAAAAAAAAAUCUUAUUUGGGAAUUUUAUCUUGUUUUCCAAUACAAAUAUCUAAACAUUCUCAGAUCAAGAUGCAUAUACUGGAAAAGCUAAAUGUAUUACGGUAUAUCAAUUAAAUAUUUCAUAUAUUGAGAGAAACAUUUAUCAAAAUGAAGCAUUUACUAUACAGGUGAAACUAGAAAAAUUAGAAUAUGGUGCAAAAGUUCAUUUAUUUCAGUAAUUCAACUUAAAAGGUGAAACUAAUAUAUU